AUGAGAGGAAUAAGUAUCAAGCUCCAAAAAUCACCUCCAAUGGUCUCCAACGGUGAAAAAUCGAAGUCUUUGCUGAAAGAUCCAACCCCCAAUGUAAAUGGUGAGCAAAAUGACCAAAAUGCCAAAAGUGUGCAGUUGCGUGGGAACCCGUGCAAGUGUUGCACGACUGAGACUCCACCCUCGCAGGGUGACAAGUCAUAUUGGUACCAACAAUUCAUUCCCAUACUGCCCUAUAUCCUCUCUGCUGAUGAUGAACAAAGCAAAAGUCGACUACAAGUUUUUAUCUGGGCAUUGCUUGCUGUUAGAUCCCAGUUUGGGAUGUUGGAUGAUGGUGCUCGGAUUCAUGUCAUUCCUCAUUUGUUUCGUGAAGCAGUUGACUGUGGGAAGUUGAUGCUGGAAACCAGUAUUGUUGGAAGAGAUGAAUUAUUAGAUACAAGCAGUGUCUCAAAGGAAUUCGGAACAAUACAAAACUUGAUACAAAAGGAUUGUGUGCGUAUUGCGGUUUCAGAUGAGGUUAAAUAUUUAAGACAUAGCCGUGCCGAGCAAACAAAACAAGUUGCUGAGUUUCGUGUUAGAAUGAAUGAAAUUAUAUCUUCUAAUUUGAAUCAAUGGAGAGCUUUUAAAGAUGAUAUACACAGUAGCUUAAGUUCUAUUCUUGCCUCAGAUGAUAGAAGAAGAGCUUCCUUUCCUCACAGCCAUGUGAGUGAAGCAGUGGCUGCAAUCUGUGAUGCCAAGUUAAAAAGUUUAGACAUACAGGCUGUAGUUCAGGUCUGUUCAUUGCUUCAUCAAAGAUACAAAGAUUUUUCUCCAACUUUGGUCCAAGGCCUUAUGAAAACAUUAAAUUUGCUUUGGCAGUGCUCAAUGUCCAGGCAACAAAAGGUUGUUAAAGUAUUUCCAAGGCCAGCUGUAUCACUUUGUCCUCAGGUUCCUUGUGAAACCUCGAAGUACAACAUGAAACUUAGGGAGGACCGUGGAUUUUCUCUUGAAGAGUUGAAGGUGAACCCUGAUAUGGUAUUACAACUUGAAAAUGUUGGCCUGAGUUUUACAGGAAAAGAUGAAAGUGGCCAGCGUAUGCAGGUGAGUGUUGUAAGAAACGAACAAGGUGGGAACUCUGUGACAACUGUUUUGCUGCGUGGAAGUACAGAUAGCAUACUUGAUGAUCUGGAAAGGGCUAUUGAUGAUGGUGUAAACACUUACAAGGAUAGUAGAAUUGUGCCUGGAGCUGCAGCCACUGAAAUUGAAUUAGCAAGAAAACUGAAGGAGUUUUCUUUCUCGGAGACAUGCUUUGAAAUGAUACCAAAAACAUUAGCUAAGAAUGCUGGGCUUAAUGCUAUGGAGAUCACAUCUACUCGAUAUGCGGAUCAUGCCAAUGGAAAUGUCAAAGUUGUGCCUUACAGGGUUGAUGACAACGAAAAGCUCUGGAGACCGAAGUUGCCCGUCGAUCUGGAUUCACCUUUCGGUCUGGAUUCACCUUUCGGUCCGGAUUCACUUUUCGGUCCGGAUUCACCUUUUGGUCCGUAUUCACCUUUCGAUCCAGAUUCACCUUUCGAUCCGGAUUCACCUUUUGGUAUGGAUUCACUUUUUGGUCCGGAUUCACCUUUCGGUCUGGAUUUACCUUUCGUUCCAGAUUCAUCUUCAGUUCGGGACCUCUUGCCCAACUUCCCUCAACCACACGACUCUAAACCAAAGGAGAACCGCCCCCCCCCCCCCCCCAAACAAAGGGUCUUCCUGGUCCGAGGCCAUUUGAGUCCGGAACAUGAUGGUUUUGGAAACAUAAAACUCUACGUACUACGGAACACAGAGCUCAACCGGAGUCCUCCUCAUCAGGGACCUGCCUAUUCCGAAGGCUGCUUACUCCACCUCCACCCAGAACCGAGCCUAAACUUCGAACUUAGUUGA